CCCCUCCCCCUCUCCCUCCUCCGUCUCCUCCUCGCCGGCUGGAGGCGGGCAGGUCCGGGCGGGGCUGCGCCGCGGAGCCCACAGCCCCGAGCUCCCCUCCCGGCCGGGUCGCCGCCGCCGCGCCCCGCGGGAGGAGCGGCGGAACCAGGCCCAGUGGACGGAGCGGCCGGCGCGGCGCGGGGGCAUGAAGUUGGGCGCGCGCGGGCCUGGGAGCGGGGGCGCGGCGGAGCCGGGAGCCGCCCGCGUCUAGAGCCCGCUCGGUGCGCCAUGGAGCUCGGGGGCCCCGGGGCGCCGCCGCCGCCGCUGCUCCCGCCGCUGCUGAUGCUGCUGGGGGCCGGCUUCCUACCCGUAAGCAGCCACGUGGAGACCCGGGCCCAUGCGGAGGAACGGCUGCUGAAGAAACUCUUCUCUGGCUACAACAAGUGGUCCCGGCCCGUGGCCAACAUCUCGGAUGUGGUUCUUGUCCACUUUGGGCUGUCCAUCGCACAGCUCAUUGACGUGGAUGAGAAGAACCAGAUGAUGACAACCAAUGUGUGGGUGAAGCAGGAGUGGCAUGACUAUAAGCUGCGCUGGGACCCCGCUGACUAUGAGAACGUCACCUCCAUCCGCAUUCCCUCUGAGCUCAUCUGGCGGCCGGACAUCGUCCUCUACAAUAACGCGGACGGGGACUUUGCGGUCACCCACCUGACCAAGGCCCACCUCUUCCACGAUGGGCGGGUCCAGUGGACACCCCCCGCCAUCUACAAGAGCUCCUGCAGCAUCGACGUCACCUUCUUCCCCUUCGACCAGCAGAACUGCACCAUGAAGUUCGGGUCCUGGACGUACGACAAGGCCAAGAUCGACCUGGUGAGCAUGCACGGUCGUGUAGACCAGCUGGACCUGUGGGAGAGUGGCGAGUGGGUCAUCGUGGACGCUGUGGGCACCUACAACACCCGCAAGUACGAGUGCUGUGCCGAGGUCUACCCGGACAUCACCUACGCCUUCGUCAUCCGGCGCCUGCCCCUCUUCUACACCAUCAACCUCAUCAUCCCCUGCCUGCUCAUCUCCUGCCUCACCGUGCUGGUCUUCUACCUGCCGUCUGAGUGCGGCGAGAAGAUCACGCUCUGCAUCUCUGUGCUGCUCUCGCUCACCGUCUUCCUGCUACUCAUCACGGAGAUCAUCCCCUCCACCUCCCUGGUCAUCCCGCUCAUCGGCGAGUACCUGCUCUUCACCAUGAUCUUCGUCACGCUGUCCAUCGUCAUCACGGUCUUCGUGCUCAACGUGCACCACCGCUCCCCGCGCACACACACCAUGCCCGCCUGGGUGCGCCGGGUCUUCCUGGAUGUGGUGCCCCGCUUGCUCUUCAUGAAGCGGCCGUCUGUGGUCAAGGGCAACUGCAGGCGGCUCAUCGAGUCCGUGCAUAAGAUGGCCAGCGCCCCCGGCUUCUGGCCCGAGCCUGAGGGGGAGCCCAGCUUCGUGGGCGGAGCCCAGAGCCGGGGCCCAUCGCGCUCCCCGUCCUUCUGCAGCCCCCCGGACGAGCCAGCCAAGCCCCAGCCAGCCUGCGAGUCACCCUCGGACCAGGUCCCUGCGUUGCCGCCCUCAGAGGCUGAGAACGGGAGCCCCUGCCCCUCGCCUGACCCCCGCCACCCACCCGCCAGCACCCGGGCCCCAGGGCUCACCAAAGCCCGGUCUCUGAGUGUCCAGCACAUGUCCGGCCCUGCCGAAGCCGUGGAAGAUGGUGUUCGAUGCCGGUCUCGGAGCAUCCAGUACUGUGUUCCCCAAGAUGAUGCUGGGGGCCCCGUGGCCGGCUCCCCCGCCUUUCUGAAGGCCGGCUCCGCCGAGCCCCUGCCCCCAGACCAGCCCUCUCCGUGCAAAUGCAGGUGCAAGAAGGAGCCGUCCCCAAAUGCCGUGUUCAAACCCCGGGGCACCAAAGUGCCCCCCCCGCACCUGCCCCUGUCUCCAGCCCUGACGCAGGCGAUCGAGGGUGUCCAGUACAUCGCAGACCAUCUGAAGGCCGAGGACACAGACUUCUCGGUGAAGGAGGAUUGGAAGUACGUGGCCAUGGUCAUCGACCGCAUCUUCCUCUGGGUGUUCAUCAUCGUCUGCCUGCUGGGCACCGCGGGCCUCUUCCUCCCGCCCUGGCUGGCCGGCAUGAUCUAGCGGGAAGGGGCCAGGCACCUGCAGGACACCCGCGGCAUCUAUGGGCCGCUCGCCGGGGCUCUGUGCCUGGCCGUCCAAGGGACUCCUGCAUUCUGUGGGGUCACGUCAUUUGCUAAAUCGUCCCCCCAUUUUCUGUCGACUGCAAGACAGCCUUGGGAAAGGCCACUGCCCCCGGGGGGGCCGGUGUGGCUCAGCCCUGCUGAGACCUGCCGGGGGGUGGCCGGGCUGGAAAGGACAGCGGGUAAACGCCUGUUCUUGUCUGGAGGGCGGGGUCACUGCCCACAUCUUAUUAAAGUUUAUCUGGAGCAUG